AUGGAGUCGUAUCGGAGGCAUUUUGCAGUGACCAACAUAGUGAAGCAGGGCUGCGUCCUUAUGCCUACCCUCUUCAGUCUCAUAUUAUCUGCCAUUCUAAUGGGCGCCUACUGCGACGGACGCCCCGGGAUCCGCGUCGCCUACAGAACGGGCAGCCAACUCUUCAAUCAACGGCGGAUGCACUUCCAGUCGCGUGUCUCCAGAAUUAAUGGUAAUGAACUUCCCUUCGCCGACGACUGCGCUCUCAACGCCGCCUCCGAUGGGGACAUGCAAAGGAGCAUGGAUCUCUUCGAUGCCGCCCACGAUCACUUCGGCCUGGUCGUGCGCUAA